AUGGCAAAUUUCCUUGGAAGCAAAACAAUAAUUAACUUGAGUAAAACAAAAAAGAAGAAAAAAGUGAGCAUGGAGUUGUGGAAGCAAGGAGCUGAGGCAAAAAUUUACAAAACAAACUUUUACGGCAAACCUUGCAUCGUCAAAGAACGUUUUGUGAAAUCUUACAGACAUCCCAGUCUUGACAAAUCACUGACAGCUCAUCGAGUUAAGUCUGAAGUUAGAGCAAUGUUAAGAUGCAGGAUGAAUGGUAUACUCACACCUACAGUGUAUUUUGUAAAUAUGGAUACAUCAUGCAUCUAUAUGGAAGAAAUACAAGAUUCUGUGACUGUAAAAGACUACAUAAAAAGUGUUCAAAGUAGCAAGAACUUAACAGAAGCUGUAAAAACUCUAACACCAUUGGCACAGACUAUUGGAAACACAUUGGGUAUCAUGCACAAGCAAAACAUCGUUCAUGGGGACCUGACAACUUCUAACAUGCUCCUUCGGGGAGAACCAUCUGAUAACAAACUCUAUCUUAUUGACUUUGGAUUAAGUUUCUUUGAAAAUUUAUCAGAAGACAAAGGAGUGGACUUGUAUGUAUUGGAGCGAGCACUUUUAAGCACUCAUCCAAAUACAGAAAAGUUGUUUGAUGUAAUACUGCAGGCUUACUGUAAGAGCAAUGACACAGGAUCAAAAGAAGUUACAGCUAAGCUGGAGGAGGUCAGAAUGAGAGGGAGAAAGAGAACAAUGGUCGGCUGAAUUCAAGACUUUAGAUUAUUUUUACAACAAAUUAUAACCUCUUAAAACAUUGAAAUUAAGGACUUUGAUACAGUAUAUAUGUAUGAAGAAAAUUUAAUGACUGUUUAUGAAAGUAUAUUUUCAAAAAAAUAGUGUAUCUGUU